AUGGAAUGCCUCCUCCGCAGACUCCCAAUCCCGAAAGACGGCGGUCAUCCCGCAGUCGGCGCAGGCAUCGCGCUGGUCGGUCACGUCGGCGCUCCCAAGGCCCGGGACGCAGACAUGAUCACUCCCACGGGCACAGAUCCCGCAGCCAUCAACGCCGUCAUCGUGGAGAGGAUGAUCGUGGACAUCGUGCCUCCCCCGGCGUGCGUGGCAGCCCGCCUCGCACGCGGCCCUCCCUCCCGCACGACCCUACUCGCGGACGACAUUGCAGCCACGGACGCCGUCCUCGUGGAGAAGAUGAUCGAGCACGUCGUGCCUCCCACGGCGUACGCGGCAAUCAGCCCCGUACGAGCUCCUGUCCCAAGCAACCGUCCACUGACCGCCUUUUCCACCCCUCUCACAUCACAGUUGCGUGGCAAGGGACGUGGCUCUUCUGGUAAGGGAGCGGGGCGCCAACGAGGCAGAGGCCGUGGAACACCGCUGGUCCCAGCCAUGGCACACUCCAUCACUGCAGCUCGGCAUGCCGCAACCAAUGAUCAUCCUCUAACAUCUGCUCUCCCUGUUGCCACCUCUGAAGCAGCCCCAGUGGGCUUUCUGGUACGAGGGGUAGGGGAAGAGUCGCUGGAAGGUGCCAUCAACGGCGUGCUAUCUGUAUCACCCACCCUCUCUGAAGUGUCUCGGGAUUGGAUUAGGCUCCCGCCUGAUGGCAGCGGACGAGGGGUGUGCCUCAUGCUUGCGCACCCCCGUUUCCGGGAACGAGAUGUGCUCGUGCAAAUCAUGCAGGAGCUUCGCUCACAUGCUGUCGUGGGUCGCACCACUUCAGAACGAACCGUUGCUAUUGCCACCGAUCAUGGACUGGUCCGCCUCAGCCUGUCUCGUGACGCCUCCAACUGUGUUGCGGCGGGUACGGCGCCCCCACCCAUCCCAGUGCCAUUGGACUCAACAGCCGCGCCUGCUUCAGACCUGUCCACGCUUGAAACCAGCACAGGGGCGACCGAAGGCGUGGAAACUGGUGCCAAUGCAGUGCUCAUGCCGGACCCGCCUGCCGCGCCCAUGCCAGUGUCUUCUCCUGUGGAGGGCGAGGCCGCUGCAUCAGCCUCUGCCCCGACACCUGCUACUGAAGCACCCGAACCGCACCCUGUGUCAUCGACUCCGGUUCCUUCAGCCACUCCCGUGGUUGAGGAGCGUGCUAUCGAGCCCAACCCGGCAGCUAAUGGAAACCGCAACAUAUCGGUGCGUGUGCGGGAACGGGACUUUGAAGUGGCAGGAGUGCGCACUCUCAGGGAGUCAAGGGACUGGCAGUGUGCAGUGUGCCGUGCUGAUAUGUUAGUCGGGGAGUCAGUCGCGGUAACGCUCUGCAUGCAUCACAUUCAUACGGAAUGCCUCGAACGUUGGCUCACUCGUGCAACCCAGCCCGAAUUGCUUUAUGCAGCGAGUGAACCCGUGGUUCGCUGCCCGGAGUGCAAUGCGAACCUCCUCGCGCUCGUCGCCCCCUGA